AUGAACGAGCAGUACACCGCUCUGGAUGAGCUCGUGAACACGUUCCAGUUGCAGUACGAGAGCGACACCGAAGACGGCUCAGUGAAUGUGGACAAGACCAAAGUGGCCAACCACCUCAAGUGGUGCUCGUACAAUUCGUUGGCGCUAUUUAGCAGCAUGGACGUCGGAGUGCAGAGAGACGAGAAUGCCACAGAAGACCAGACCCACACUGCGAUGGAUGGUACCGAACUGGACGACGCAUCCCCCGACGAGCAACCUGAUCAAAACGACGUCGAAGUUUACCGCGAGGAACCUCCUACUUCUCCUAUCGAGAUAAUACAGUGCACGGAUCGCGCCUUCCGUGCACUGCUGGCAGCUCACAGCCCCAAAUUGAAGGCUCGAUUUGGUGCUACGGCAACAACCGAUAUCUGGAACCAAAGGAAGCAACUGGCGCACUACUUUAACAAGAAGUCUGAAGGUCGCCGCCGGCUUGAAAGCCCACAAAACUCGUCACGUGAAGUGACACUCGAGGUUGUCUGGGAGAAGGCGGCCUCGUUCGGCAACUUUGAACUGCUGGACGAGUUUGCUGUUGGACUCGCUAGCAUUGCGCCAGGUACCCACACAGUAGAGGGGGACUUCAGCACGCUGAAGCGUACGAUGGGUCCGCAUCGCGGCCGACUCAGCAACUACGCAAUGGAAGGUACCAAGCAGCUGCCUAGUGUGCGUUCCUCUCCAAGCCACACUCUAGCGUAG